UUUAAUUGUAGAGUCGAUUUCAAAUAAAUAAAUGAUAAUUAUAAUAAUACAAAUAGCAAUGUUGGUACAAAUGUACACCUGGCACCAACUUCACGCAAUAUCCAUGACACCACUGUGUUAUGUUAUCAUAGCUCCAUAAAACCACAAUAGAAGAUCCUAAACCCCAUACACCGCCAGACCAUGGAAGCCGAUGCUACGUGCCAUUCAGAAUUGGCCACGCUGCUAAAACACGCUGAUCAUGCGGCAGGUUGUUUUGAUCGCUGUACACGGGGCAUAGUGGAUUGGAGCUCGCAGACUUAAGUUCGGUGACGUGGCGCUUCUCAGUCAAACGAAACAUUAAACCCCUCAACCCCCUACCCAAAAACCCAAGAAGAAGAAAGCAGAAGCCAUUAGCAAAGCUUCAGACGACGAUUGCCGGCGAUGACGGCGAUGGUGCCUUCGAAGCCGCCGGAGCACGAAUUCAGGUUGGGUCCAUCGCCAUCCAGCUUCGUCUCCACCUCCGAUACCAACGACUACCAGUCCCCGUCAAAGGUCCCAGUCGAUUUCAGCCCGCCGCUGAUCGCCAUGGUGGUGGUGGUCGCCACAGCCUUCCUCAUCGUCACCUACUCUCGGCUCAUCUCCCGCCACCUUCUUCCUCCCUUCCUCCGCCUCCUCCGCAGCUGGCGCCGCUGGCAUCGCCGCCGUCGCCGGAGACGAUCUCAUAUGCCCUCCUCAGCCGGCGACAUCGAGUCUCCGCCUUACAACGGCAGCUUCGAUGCCACCGAAGCGUACCAAGUGUUCUCUCCGUAUGGGUUAGAUGAGUCCGUCAUCAAAACUAUUCCGCUCUCACUGUACACUGCCAAAGGGUUGAGCAAGCAUGGCUUCGUGGAUGAUAGUCGUGACUGCGCCGUUUGUUUGCUGGAGUUCGAAGACAACGAUUGCGUUCGUGUUCUUCCCGUUUGUUCUCAUGCCUUUCACGUCGAUUGUAUCGAUAUCUGGCUCAGGUCUCAUGCCAACUGUCCUCUAUGCCGCGCCGGGAUUUUCCGGCAUGAAUCUCCAUUCAUUCCGGUGAUGGCUGCUAGAAUUCGACCCAGUUUGGAUGAUGCGAUAUUGGAGAGCAUUCUUCUCGAGCCUCUGAGCGAGGCAGCGCCGGAAUCGGAAACCACAGUAACAGAGAUCGUGCCGGCGGAGCCAUCCCCGAGGAGAAACCAGUCCGAAGACAGAUUCAACGCGCGAGAUUUUAUGUUGAAGAGAUCAUACUCAUUCGGCUUCGAGCGGAACUUCCCGUCGGAGCGGCUGGUGAUGGAGCCGGCGACGGCGUCCCCGUGGAGAUACCGAAGAGGAAGCUUCUGGAGCAAGCGGCCAUCUCCGUUUGGGUCAUUGACGAAGUCCAGAGUCUUCUCUUUUCGAUACUACCGAGGCAUGAAGUCCCCAUUCUUCCGCCGGAGAGGCAGCUUCUUCCCGUUAUCAGAAUCCCACGCCCGCUUCUCCGGCGGCGGCUCCUCCCGGCGCACGAAAUCAUUAACCAGCCCAAUAUUCAUACGAUCGUCCGCCACAGCCUCCGCCUCAACCCGACUAAGGUGUCGAGAUCUAGAAGCACUCCUAUCCCCGGAGCGAUUCAACCGAAGGUAGAAAACCCACCCACGUGCCAUCAACAACAACACAACACGUGGGAUCGCCGGCAGAGACGGUGGUCGGCGAAGGAUGAAUGGGGGGAGAGAGAGAGAAGGGGUCCCCUGCGCUUUAAUGAGAUGGUCUGGCAAUUUGCGGAGGUAAUUAAUGGUGGGUGGUGACUGCAUUUAAUGUUAAAAUUGACGAGAGAGAUGAAUACAUGGGCAUAACUCCCAUACACACCCAGGUUCCAGACACACCCCACUUUUUCUCUACAACCUCCCUCUUUCCUCCUCUGACCAUGCUGUGAGAGUGUUCGGACACAGACUCUCAGGGACUCAUAAAUGCAAGUAGGCUGGGGUUCUUUUCUUUUUCCCCCUCCACUUUCCUUCCCUUUCUUGUUCCCUGCUACUGUGAUGGUUUUUCUGUUUCCUCAAUCCUCAAUGUGAUCGUUGCUUUAAUUCACCGACAGCCCCAUGAAAACAGUUCUCCUUCCAUAUGUCUCAUAAAAUUUAUUUAAUUUAUAGUAUAUUUAUUAUUUGAUCUCGCCUCCUUUGAUAAGACAAAUAGAUACCACGUGUACAAAUACAAAAAAGCAAUCUAUGAUUUCC